GAGAGUGCCUGCAAGAACUGGAAAAGGCUCGGAGCCUAAUCACUCUUCUUGGAAGCCACCUGGAGAGGCCCCCUGAACAGGGCAGCUUUCGUCAGCGCUCCCAUCAAGACCCCUCUGCCUCAUCACAGUGGGAGUCCCAGCAAGAGCACCUGUCUCACCACCCACCAGAGGCCUCGUUCCAGGAAGACCCCACAGACAGACAGGCAGAGGCUGGGGGCCUCUCUUUGCUCAGCUCUGAUGAGCAGAACCUCCUGGAGAUACACAUCGCAAAGAGAAUCAACAUAACGAUUUUGAAAGAAAAUGAAAAAUAUGCAUUAUAUCCAAAACAAAUGAACCCAAACUACCACCCGCACUCUUUGGGGAAUACGUGGAAAUCACUGGGUGCUGAGCAGGACACCACAACCCCCCAACCCUUCUGGAGCAUGGAGGACGAACAAGAACAACUGCAUAGUCCUCUGCAGCUCUACAGCCAGCUUUUUUGGGGUCUCCCCUCCCUGCACAGCGAAUCCCUGGAGGCUACUGCCUGGACAUCCAAGGGCUCUUCCACAUUACAGCCUCCACCUUUCUUAUUCAAUGGCAUCUCGAGUGCCUGCCCAGUUCAACUGCAGGUUACAAUGCCUCCACUGCUCUCCCAUUCCCAGCACAUGUCUCACUUGGAGUUCCAAUCUCCACCCUUGCUUCCAACCAUGCUUCAAUUACAGCCCCCACCUCUGGCUCAGGUCCAGGCCCGGGGCCAUCUCCCAUCCUCUCUACCAACCCUACCACCUUCUUCUCCACCUCAGAUGAGGGGCUGUGGAGUAUCAUGCCCGACAGCCCAGAAUAAGCCACAAUCUUUAAUCCCAGUUGAGAUUCAACAUCCAGAAAGGCCCUUGUUGCAGAAGCAAGUAGAAAGUGGGUGGGAUUUAUCCUCUGUAGUCAACAGAUCUCAGGAAGUCUUCAGUGUCUUCACAGCCAACCUUCCCAAGAACAGCAUCCUUCCUGAGAAUUUUCCAAUCAGCCCUGAGCCCCGGAAGCAGCUGGAGCAACAUCCCCAAAACUCGCAUAUGCAACACAGCUGGGAGCUGUCCCCCAAGAUCCGAGAACCUCCAGAACUAGGGCAACAUCAGAGCGAAUUACCAGGAACAUGUCAGGCAAAGGACAAGCAUGAGCCCUCACAGCCCUCUUCACUCACAGGUGAAAGCAGCAACGAUGCACAGAACGUGGGGCCUCAGCUAAGCCCCGAUACAGGGAAGGUCCCAGAAGAUCUCUCCAGGGGCUCAGAAAUCUCCUUAGUGACGUUUCAGAGGGGAGACUCUGAGGAGUCAGAAAGUGAUGUGAUGCUUUGGAGAAGGGACUCCAGAAGUGAUUUACUGAGGAACUUAGACAAAAAUCUAGAAAACACGCUAAAAGGCCACUUGGGCAGAAAGUUGGGACAGAUGAGCAAGAACCUGAUGAGUGUGCAUGGACCCUGGCUUCCUGUCAACCACUCUUAUGCCACGGCUGACACUCACAUGGAAACCAAAAAUCUGGGAAUCUUAAAUGGCUGGGAACCCUGCUUGAACGCCUCUCACGGGGCCUUCUUUCUCGAUACAGACAUUCAAAAGGUGCUAGAAGCACAUGUUACAAAGUUCUGGGUGAAGCACCGGUGGGGCCUGCCCCUCAAGGUCCUCAAGCCCGUGAGUCUCAUUAAGUUGAAAAGGGCUCAAGCCUCACCCAUUCUGCAGUUCCCCCUUCCCCCCUCACCCAGCUGUGUAUCUGGGGCCUAUUCGAUAGUCAAGUUUGUUGAGUUCCCGGGAAAACCUCCUCAGGCCUGUCCAGGAGAGAAAGUGAAAACAGGAGACUCAGUUCCCACCCUGGCAAGGCCGCUCCUUGCCCCCUCACCUGUGUGUGAGGACAUGCAGAGUGCUCUGGGAGGGACCCCACCUGGUGCUGACCAUGGGCCUGCAAAGGCCUCUCUGACUAGACAGGUGGAGUGGGCCGAGAGGGGCAGCUUAGAUCUCAGUCCAAGUUCAGCAAUGGCCAGGAAUGAGCCAAGAGGGAAGAGUAGGAGCGGGGCCUCACAAGACCCCUUCAAUAGGGUAACAACGCUGGAGAUGAACUUAGGAUCCCAAUCUUUGAGGGCCAAAGAGGUGAAGGAGACAAUGGAGGCCAGUAGGUCCCCUGCUCUUGAACCAGAAUUUGGAACAAAUGUACAGACAACAUCCCAAAACAUCAGUGCACAUUUGAGGAAUGUGGAAGCUCCAAGGACCAGUAGCGUCUCCCUAUUCCCUAGAAUGUCUGUUCUCCAAGAUCCAGGAGAGCCAUGCCUUAAAAAUGAGGUCACUAAUGAACUUAAGUCCAAAGUGAAGGUACCGUCAAAGAACCAACCUCAAGACUGUCCCACACACAAGCCCCUUGCUGCAGACAACUUGGCUUCUCAGGUGCACCAUCGCCACUUCCAGAGAGAGCUCCCUGGAGUCAGGCUAGCUUCCCAUGUGUUAUGUGGCCUUAAGACACCCCAAAGGAGCAGCCAAGGGAAGCAGGAACCCAGGAUCUUAAAUGUUCAAGACUCUUGGAAGAAUCAGAGAGAAAUGAUCGUCCCUGCCUGUAAGAGAGAGAAUUGUAGGAGGCCCAACCCAAGAGAGCAGGCAGAAGGGCCUGAGAAAUUGGGGACUUCUCAUACCAUUAGAAAGACCCCCUCUGCCAUGGCUAUGGGCACAGUAGACUCUGUUGGGAGGAAAUACCUUCAGCUGGGGCCAGAGAAGAAACAGGGUCCUCCAGAAAGUUUCUUCAGACAAAGAAUGAGGCUCUUUUUUCAGGGGAUUUUCUCUAAUAAAAAACUCAAAGGUCAGGAUGCUCUGCUAAACUACAAGCUCAAUUCACCCCCUGCCCAGGGCCAAGGACCAGUCAAAAGCAUAUCAAUUAUGGACCCCAAGAUCCCUGAGGCUCAGACACUCAUAACAACUGUAGGACAGAUUCUAGAGGAGAAAAUUGCCAUUCACCAUGGACUUCAUACCACAGCGUUAAAUGAGCACAUACAGGAACCCCAAGCCCCAGUGUGUGGGUGCUUUUGCUACAACAGGCUUCCCUUCUACUCAGAGAAAGGGGGAGUGAUGAGUCAUACAGCCUGCAGUCAGCAGGCCAACUCUAAGGACCAGAAUUGUUCCACUUGGGAAGGGCAAGUCCGACAGACAGAGUCCUUGGAAAGUAUCAGAUUCAAUGAUGAGCCCUUGGGCCUGAGUUGCCUCACAUCUCUGCCCCCCAAGAAGAUUUUGUCUCCAGUCCAUCUCUGCCAGGAUGGGCCAAAGGUGCCAGGUGCCCUAGGCCACCAUCAACACUGCCCGAGGCACUGUCUUUUUCAGGUGGGUGUCUUGCCUGGUCGACCAUAAACAUGUCUCUAUGAAAAAAAUCAGUCCAUUUUCUCAACACAUUCAAAAUAUUUAAUUUUCCUCAAUAUAUGUUUGUUUCCUCCUAA